UUGAUUUAUUUGGCUCAAGAAAUUUAAUUUACAAUAUUAAAAAGAAGUAUGAAUUAUUUCAAAAAGUUCUUCUUUUGGUUGUUGUAUAAUAAAGAAAUGGAUCCGUUGCCACACUCAGUUAUUUUUUUGCUCUCUGCGCAGUAUUUUUUAGAGUCUUUGACUAGUUCAUCUGUUUUUAGUUAUCUUCCGCAACUCGUAAAGUCAUUUGGAGCAUCUGAAGAGAAUGCAGGAAGAGAUGCAGGUUGGAUAGCUGCUUCAUUAUUCGUUGCCAGAGUUUGUUUUGGAAUAAUUUGGGGAUAUUUGAUUGGCAAAAUUGAUCCGAAGAAGCUUCUAGUUAUAUUAGGAGUUUUUCAAAUUAUUUCUACAUUUUUGUUUGGAUUAAGUCGUUCAUUUUAUUGGGCUUUAGUUACAAGAUUUUUACAAGGCACUUUUACUGCGACUGGCUUAGUUUCAAAAGUUAUUGUCAUUCAUCAGUCAAAUGAUACAAAUAUAGCACUUGCUUUUUCGAUAUUAUUUGGAGCGUAUACUUUAAGUGUUAUUGUUGGUCCAAGUUUUGCAGGGUUUUUAGUUUUCCUUGCAGAGCAGCAUCCAAUAUGUUUCAAAAAAGAUGGUUUUUUCGGGAAAUAUGAAGUAUUUUUACCUAACCUAAUCAUUGCAUUGUCUAUGGUUGUAUCUACUUCUAUAAUUGUUAAAUAUCUUCCGUCUUGCAACAUAAAGCAAAAUGUUGAACCAGUUGAUGUUAUUUACGAUGAAAAUUUAAAUCUAAUAAAUGAAAACCAGUUUUUAAAUAUUUCAUUUGAAGAAAAUGAAGAAAAGAAAUCAAAUCAAUCCGAAGUAACACAUUUGAUUCCUUUUAAAAACAACUUAUUAAUAAGAGCUAAGAAAAGAUUAGUUAGUUCGAGUUUUCUCCAACCUCUCAUGAACAAAAGUUGCUUAUGUGCUUUGGUUUUGUAUGCAUUAUUUUGCAUUGUUGGAAUUGGAUUGUAUGAUCUGUUUACAAUAUAUUUUGCAACCUCAAUUGAGUUUGGAGGGUUAGCAAUGAAUAGCUCACAGAUUGGUUUACUGCUAAUGAUAGCUAGUGUUAUAGAAGUUGCUGGAAGUGUUACAUUAUUGCCUAAGCUACUUCGAAGAUUUGGCGCUAAAAAG